CGCCUAAAUGGAACCCCUAAAGCCGUUAUUCCGUUUAUCGUUCACUUCUUCAGCCAUCCCGCGCUCGCUCCACUGCUGUGGCGCACUCUAGCACUCCACCAGAAUUCCAAUCAGAGGCUGCCACGUGGAAGAGCACAUGGGACUGCGGAACAUUCGCAUCGAGCCGGAUGCCAUCUUACCCACUGCAGCCUCCGUUUUGCUGUCCGCUUCGUGCUCUGAUAACGAGGGAGAUACGAAGAGCAAGUGAAGCCACUGGCGGCCGCGGACCCGAUUCCUAUUCUUCUUCUUCUUCUUCUUCGGCGCCCUUCGGAUGCCUAUUUAAACCCCCGACGAUGCGGAUUCAGAGGAAACCCUUCGUUGCCUUUCGUCUCUCAGCUUUCUCAAUUCUCGCCGAUUCUCGCGUUUCGGUCGGGGGAAAUCUCUUCUCUCGAAGAGGAUACAGAGGGUCGGCUUGCCAGAAGGAGAUGGAGGAGUGCGGAAUGGAGGGGAAUAAGAAGGCGAAAAUCUGGUCGUUACCUGGAAAGGACAAGGAGUUUAAGAUGGGAAGGAUGAUAUUCUGCAACCGAUCGCUGAAUAUGAAGAAUAUUGUGGCCGUGGGGUUUGACAUGGACUAUACACUGGCGCAGUACAAGCCGGAAACAUUCGAGGCGUUGGCGUAUGAAGGGACCGUGAGGAAUCUGGUGACGAAUUUGCAGUAUCCCGUUGAGAUAAAGAAAUGGAAAUUCGAUUGUAAGUACAUGGUUAGGGGUUUGGUCCUUGAUAAGAGGCGAGGCAACAUACUGAAGAUGGAUCGACAUAAAUAUGUUAAAGUAGCAUAUCAUGGUUUCAAGGAAAUGUCCAAGGAAGAGAAGAUUAAAGCUUAUGGAAAAACAUUGAUACGAGAUGCAUUUGAUGAACCUGAAUAUGCUUUGAUAGAUACACUUUUCUCUCUUGCUGAAGCGUAUCUUUUUGCACAGCUUGUUGACUUUAAAGAUAAAUAUCCAGGAAAAUUUCCUCCCGAAACUGAUUAUAUCCGUAUGUAUAAAGAUGUUAGAGCUGCAGUAGACAUGUGCCAUCGUGAUGGAACUUUAAAACGAAUGGUUGCACAAAAUCCUGGGAAGUAUAUUAAUGAAGAUCUAUCAAUUGUGCCUAUGAUUAAAAUGCUUCGAGAAUCUGGGCGUUCUGUAUUCUUGGUAACCAACAGCUUGUGGGACUAUACAAAUGUUGUCAUGAAUUUUCUCUGUGGGACCUACAACAUGGAAGUUGGCUUGCCUUGCAAAUUUGACUGGAUAGAAAAAUUUGAUCUGGUUAUCACGGGCAGUUCAAAACCUGGAUUUUUCCAUGAAGAAAAUCGGGCAAACCUAUUUCAAGUUGAUCCAGAAUCUGGCAUGCUACAAAAUACUGAACUUGGCGUCCCUAUCCCUCAGAUUGGAACUACCUUGCAAGGCCAAGGAUCUUCAUCCAAGGAGUUAAAAAGGAAUAAAGUUUUUCAGGGUGGGAAUGUUGCUCAUCUUCAUAAACUACUCGGGAUAGAAGCAAGUUAUCAGGUCCUUUACGUUGGAGACCACAUUUAUGGAGACAUUUUGCGCAGCAAGAAAGUACUAGGUUGGAGGACAAUGCUUGUUGUUCCGGAGCUUGAGAAAGAGGUGGAACUCCUUUGGGACUCGAGGAAAACCCGAAAGGAACUUCGAAGUUUGAGGAGAGAGAGAGAUCUUAUUGAAGAUCAGAUUCAUCAUUUGAAUUGGUCUCUUAAGUUCGAUGCCCUUGAUGAUCAUGCACGUAAUCAGCUUUCUUUUCAGAGAGAAAAUCUCGAGUCAGAAAGGGAUCGUGUAAGGCAUCAACAUCAGAAAAUCCAGAGAGAACGUCACCAGAAUUUUCAUCAGGUGUGGGGACAACUCAUGAAGACAGGAUACCAGAACUCUCGAUUCGCGCAUCAGGUUGAGAGGUUUGCGUGCUUGUAUACGAGCCAAGUGACGAACUUGGGCUUGUAUUCUCCUGACAAAUACUACAGGCCAACUGAAGAUUUCAUGCCUCAUGAGUUUGAUAUCCUUGAAGAUUAAUCACUUUUUUUUGCAGCAGUUGAUAGUGAUUGCCGUAUCAGAAACUACAAAGUAAGCCUUCUUUUUCUGCCCCUACUUUCAGUGCAUGGAAGCAGCUUCAUCCCAAUGCCCUGUUUUUUUUUUCCCCCUAAAUGUAAACCUAUCAGCUAAAUAAAUGUUGUCAUGAAAAUUUUGAAUGGCAAUUUCAAAUUGCUUGAAAUUGCUGGCAUUACCAUUGCUCGUAAGAAAAUGCCUUGGGUGAUUACUGGUUCUCUGUC